GUGAUGCGGGCUCCGUGUCAGCACUGUGGGCCAGGCUUCCUAUUCAUACCGGAGCUGUCAAACCAGCCCCUCUCACCGAAACCACCGCGCUCCCUACCGGAAAACCAGGGCGGCCGGGCCGGGGGCUGUGUGCAGUGCCAUGCGAGCCGCUCCCGGGAGGGCGAGGACGGGAGCCAUGAACGAGGCCGGUUCUGCCUAGCUGGAGCUGCGGGGAUGGAGCACACCGAGCUCCCGUGGGAGACUGCACCGAGCGCACACUGACAGCCGUGAUUACCGCAGGCCCCGGGACACUGCGCUUUACUCCUCCCGGCAGAGGAUGAGCUAUAAUCCAGAACUGAGGUAGUUCUUAUGUCAGUGAUUCCCUUGCAUAUCAAGUGCGUCAACGCCUAGGAAUCCAUCAGGUUUCCUCCAAAUGACUUCCCUGGUAGUCUUUUAAAACUCUGCUAAGCUGAAUUCCUCCGGUUACUGAUUCUGGCAGCUUUGGAGAAGCAACAAUUUGGUCUUCAAGAUGCUGAUUAAGGAAUAUCGCAUCCCGCUUCCCAUGACUGUGGAGGAAUACCGCAUCGCCCAGCUCUACAUGAUCCAGAAAAAGAGCAGAGAGGAGACUUGUGGCGAGGGCAGUGGGGUGGAGAUCCUGGAGAAUCGACCUUACACAGAUGGUCCUGGGGGCACCGGUCAGUACACACACAAGGUUUACCACAUUGGAAUGCACAUACCCAGCUGGUUUCGCUCCAUACUUCCCAAAGCUGCCUUGCGGGUGGAAGAGGAGUCAUGGAAUGCAUAUCCCUACACAAGAACCAGAUACACUUGCCCUUUUGUGGAGAAGUUUUCCAUUGACAUAGAAACUUUUUAUAAAUCUGACUCUGGUGAACAUGCCAACGUGUUCAAUCUUUCUCCUGCAGAAAAACGACAGACAACGCUUGAUCCCAUUGAUAUCGUCAUGGAUCCAAUCCCUCCGCACGAAUACAAGGCUGAAGAGGAUCCCAAACUUUACAAGUCCUCUAAGACUAAAAGAGGUCCUUUGUCCGAUGACUGGAUUGAAGAGCAGAGGAAUAACCUUGGAAGAUAUCCCAUCAUGUGCGCCUACAAACUUUGCAAAGUGGAGUUCCGCUACUGGGGCAUGCAAUCCAAAAUUGAGAGAUUCAUCCAUGAUGUUGGUCUUCGGAAAGUUAUGGUCAGAGCUCACAGGCAGGCAUGGUGCUGGCAAGAUGAAUGGUACGGCCUUACCAUAGAAGAUAUCAGACAGCUGGAGAAAGAAACCCAGUUAAUGCUUGCUCAGAAAAUGGCACAGUUUAGCCUUAGUGAGAAUGAAGGUGAACAGCAUGGAACAAAAGAGUCCCCUAGUGAGAAGGAUUCCGAGAACAAGGCCAUUACAUCUAUAGAGACCACAGAUGAGCCUAGUGGCAUGACCGAGUCAUUGUCAGGAAGAGGGCUUACCAAGCAAUGGUCAACAUCAUCUAGGUCAUCAAGAUCUUCAAAGAGAGGAGCGAGCCCAUCUCGUCAUAGCAUUUCUGAAUGGAGGAUGCAGAGCAUCGCUAGAGAUUCAGAUGAGAGCUCGGAUGAUGAAUUUUUUGACGCUCAUGAAGAUUUGUCAGAUAACGAGGAAGUGUUACCUAAGGAAAUCACAAAGUGGAACUCUAAUGAUCUCAUGGACAAGAUUGAAACUACAGAGACGGAUGACUUGCAUGAUGAUUCAUAUCAUGAAACUGAAGAAUACACAGUCCGUUCCAGUGUGGAAAGGUUAAGCAUCAUGGAAACGCACACAACUGUAAAUCACGUACAAGUCAUUCCCAGCAUUCCAUCUAUUACUCUCACAAAUGUCAUUACAGCUUCCACUGUAGAAGAUGAAUCUGCACAGGUCUCCAUUCAGCCAUGUAAAAUCCACGUGUUGAUCUUGGUACUCCAUGGGGGCAAUAUCCUGGAUACAGGCUCUGGAGAUCAGAGUUCCAAGCAGGGUGACGUAAAUACCAUAAACUCUGUGUUUGACACCGUGAUGAGGGUCCAUUACCCCGCAGCAUUAGGACAUAUUGCGGUCAGGCUCGUGCCCUGCCCAGCCAUCUGCUCAGAAGCAUUCUCACUGGUAUCCAACUUGAGUCCAUACAGUUAUGAUGAAGGCUGCUUAUCCAACAGCCAGGAUCACAUACCUCUGGCAGCGCUCCCACUGCUGGCCACCUCUUCUCCACUGUACUUGGAAGCCGUGGCCACUGUCAUCCACCGCGCCAACCAGGUGUUUGCUGACUUCACAAAGUCACAAGAGGGGGCAUCCUUCACUGGACAGGUGUGCUUAGUUGGAGACUGCGUGGGAGGAAUCUUAGGAUUUGAUGCCUUAUGUUACAGCAAUCAGACCGUGUCCGAGAGUCAGAAUAGCAGCCGGAGAGGGAGUGUUGUGAGUGUACAGGAUACAGACCUCUUAUCACCAGGAAUCAGUGUCAACAGCAGCUACUGCUCCAGUGGGUCGAACCUGGAGACCAGUCGACAUUUGAGUAGGAGCAAUAUUGACAUACCUCGGAGCAAUGGGGAAGACCAAAAGAGACCCCUACCUAGAAAAAGAAGUGAUUCCUCUACAUAUGAGUUGGACACCAUCAAGCAGCACCAAGCUUUCCUCUCUAGUUUACAUUCAAGCGUCCUGAGAAAUGACCCUGGGUCCAGAAGGUCAAGUAGCUCCACAAUGCUUGAUGGAGGAAACAUUGGAAAGUUUGAUUUUGAGAUCACAGAUUUCUUCCUGUUUGGCUCUCCUCUGGGACUUGUGCUGGCUCUGAGGAAAACCGUGAUUCCGGCACUAGAUGUUUUUCAGCUCAGACCUGGUUGUCAACAAGUCUAUAACCUGUUUCACCCAGCUGACCCAUCUGCCUCUAGAGUUGAGCCUCUUCUGGAAAAGAAGUUUCACCUGUUACCUCCUUUUAAUGUCCCUCGCUAUCAGAGAUUUCCACUGGGUGAUGGCAACUCUGCUGUGUUGGUCGAGGCUGUGCAGAACAAUCCCAUCCUACUUAUGGAAGGCAGCCCAGCGGUUGCUCUCCAGCGUCAAGAUGGCAUCACGGAAACCUGUAUCCCUGUUCCUGUCCGAAGCUGCCAAGACACUUCCAGUAAAAGUGCCACUUGUGUUGAAUCGGAUGUUGUUCAGUUUCAUGGUGCAGUCUUCGUGGAAAAUGCAUCCCCUUCUUCCCCUAUAACAGCCCCCCUCUUCAGGGGAUACCGAAGAGCAAGUGAAAUCAGCAUUGCAAGUCAGGUCUCGGGAAUGGCAGACAGUUACACAGCUUCAAACAUAGCUAACAAAACAAAAAAUCGUUUUAACAAUUCCAGAAAGCUAAGUCUCCUGUCCGAGCUUGCUCUCCCUUACACCCCUUACACAAACCCAGGUGUCCCUUCAAAACAUAGACAGUGCCACUCUGAGCAGACUAAUCUAGGAAAAAAGCUAGAGGAGAGGGAUUGGAGUCACAACAUGACCCCACACAUCCCUGACCUGGACAUCUCUAAAGUUGCAGCCAAAUGGUGGGGCACAAAAAGAAUUGAUUAUGCCCUGUACUGCCCAGAUGCCCUCACUGCUUUCCCCACGGUAGCACUUCCUCACCUUUUCCAUGCCAGCUAUUGGGAAUCCACUGAUGUGGUCUCUUUCCUCCUGAGGCAGGUCAUGAGGCAUGAAAAUUCCAGCAUUCUAGAGCUGGUUGGGAAGGAGGUUUCUGUGUUUAGCCCUUCAAAACCGAGGGAAAAAUGGUUGAGGAAACGAACGCAUGUGAAAUUAAGGAAUGUGGCUGCCAACCACAGAAUUAACGAUGCAGUUGCAAAUGAAGAUGGUCCUCAGACUCUCACUGGAAGGUUUAUGUAUGGUCCUCUUGAUAUGGUGACACUGACUGGAGAAAAGAUUGACAUUCAUAUUAUGACUCAGCCCCCUGCUGGAGAGUGGGUUUACUUCGAUACAGAAAUUAGUAAUGGCAGUGGAAGAAUUUCUUACGUGAUCCCUGAAAACAAAAGACUCGGAAUAGGGGUGUAUCCUGUCAAAAUGGUGGUCAGGGGAGACCAUACCUUUGCCGACAGCUACAUUACUAUUUUACCAAAAGGGACAGAGUUUGUUGUGUUCAGCAUCGAUGGAUCUUUUGCAGCUAGUGUAUCUAUUAUGGGCAGUGACCCCAAAGUCCGAGCAGGGGCAGUCGAUGUAGUGAGGCACUGGCAAGAUCUUGGCUACCUCAUUAUCUAUGUCACAGGCAGACCUGACAUGCAGAAGCAAAGGGUGGUGGCAUGGCUUGCACAGCACAACUUCCCCCACGGCAUCGUGUCAUUUUGCGAUGGACUGGUCCACGAUCCCCUUCGGCAUAAAGCAAACUUUCUAAGAAGCCUCAUUACAGAUGUACACAUGAAGGUGCAUGCAGCAUAUGGCUCGACAAAGGAUAUAACAGUGUACAGCUCCUUGGGUCUGUCACCAUUGCAAAUUUAUAUAGUAGGCCGACCCACAAAGAAGUUACAGCACCAAUGUCAGUUUAUCACGGAAGGCUAUGCCUCUCACCUUGCUCAACUGGAAUAUAACCACCGCUCCCGGCCUGCGAAGAACGCGAGCAGGAUGGCCCUACGAAAGGGGAGUUUUUGUCUUCCCGGUCAGUCAGAUUUUCUUAGGAAGAGAAACCACUUACUUCGAACCAUUUCCACACAGCCCACGGGUAGCAACCAUAAACCAGAGAGAACACAAAGUCAGUCAGAAAGUGAGCGCGAUCGGGAAAAAGAACGUAGCCAAAGAAGCAUGAGCAUUGCAGCAGGGUGCUGGGGGAGGAGCGCAGCCACCGCUAAGUUGGAAUCUGGCGUUUUAAGUCAGAAGUAACUUUCCCUCGUCCUGGACAUUCUCUUAUGCUUGAAUUUGCCACUAAACGGGAGAAAACAAAAGGGAUUGAGGCAUAUCUUUGCAGGAAAGAUGGAGUUAACCAAAUGGUGCUACUAUAUAACAACAUUUAGCAAAGCUGGUGACAGACGGGUGGAACUGCAGGCCUUAAAUUGGGUAUUGAUGCCCAUGGGAUUAAUUGUGACAGGACCACACUGUGGUCAAACAAAAAUUCUAUAAAGCUCAACUUAUAUCUCCCCCCUCCCCAUAAUCCAGGUUUCAGAGACAUAUCAUUGUAUAUAUGUGCCUCCUUUACCUUCUUAGCCAUCUCUGAAAUAUUCCUGAAUAAUGCACAAACAUGUUUCCGGAUCAAAACAAAAGGGAAAAUAUCAAACGCUUUGGAUGUUCCCUGGUUGGCCGAUAUCAUUGAAUACAACUACAAGAACAGGCCAUUUGUGUAGAAUGAUGGGAUAACCACUAGGAUUAAUAAGCUUCAGCAAUGCCCAAAACACAUUCUUCUUAAAACAAGGCACAAUCGAUCAGAACCCUUUGGGUGUUUUUUUGUUGGUUUUUUUUUACGUUUUGUUAAAACGGUUUCACAUGAGACUAAAUUGUACAUCUCUUAAAAAAAUCGGCCUUGCUAGUUGUGAUCUAUUGCUGUUGCAUAUUGAUCUGGAUGAUUACAUUAUUUCCUAAAGGUAGACACAGUAGAUGCAGAUAUGGAAGCAUAUUGUACGGAUAUAUAGAAAUAUGUUUUGUUGUUUUUUUUUGUAAUUAUUAUUUUUUUGUUAUGAGAUCAGAACUCCCGUCCAUUAACCCCAAAAAAAUCAUGUUUUUUCCUUUCCCUCCCCCCCUUCCCUUUCCCUCCCCUCCCCCCCCCUUGUUUCUAUGGUCUUUUGGCUUCCUGAUGCGUCCAGCUAGCUACUUUAUGUGUAGUUGCUCAACUUUAAAACCUCAUUGUUUUUGUUUGUUUUCUUUGCACUAAUAAUUUUUAGAUAGGAGAUCUGUUACCAUCUCAUGUUGCUACACAUCCUUGUCUGUAGUGCAUGGUAAUUAAAUAUUGCUAAGCCAGGGUAUAGAUAUUUUAUGUGCAACUGUUUCUUCGCAGUUAGAAAUUAAGCAGGUGUGCCAAACUGUAGUGUAAAAGAAGCUAAACAGUAAAAGGCCAUAUCCUAAUUUUGUCUGCUCCAGGAAAUGGUAGUUGAAGACAACUCAAUUUAUAUAGGCAUUGCCUAACAGGAAAACUGUGCUUUUUUCACUUCUAGUCACUUGUAAAAAUAGCUAUAAAACAUCUCAUAACCUGCUGUACUAGUUAUUUAAAGGGUGAACCAUUUUGCAGCAUACACUGUAUUAGAUCCAGCACUGUGAACACUUUCUGUUCUUUGUUUAGAAAAUUGGACUGUGAGCCAAACAACAUUUUAUUUAAUAUACUCUUAUCACACUUUUUUAUGUAUAAAGUUAGAACUAUUUUUAAGCAACCCUCUGCUGCCAAAGUGGCAGGGAAUUGGCUAAAUACCAGAUAUAGACAACCUCUUCUUAUACCAAAUCAUUAACAUUUCAACCUUUGGCAAACCUCUGUAUGCUGCAGAUGAUAGCAUGGCUUGCCUUUGUAAGCUCACCUUUGUCCGAGACUUGCUGCUGCCUAACAGUGGUAUUACAAUUGCAUUGUGUUACUAUUGAACAUGUGAUAAUGCAGUUUUGAUCAGUACCACUAAAUCGUCUACUGAAGCAUGAGAUUUUACGUUUAUUUGAUUUUAGGUUUUUUUUUUUGUUUGUUUUUUAACAUGAAGUUUAAACUUUUUUUUUAUACCAGAAUACUCUGUAAAAACAAUAUGUUUAUGGAUAAUAUAUAAUCUUGAUCUAUAUAGUCGCCUAAAAGAUAGCUGCCACAACACGUUAUUUGAGAGGUCAUAUACCACAGCUAGCACACACUAAAUAAAUAGUGGCUAAAUGAGAGGGUUCUAGCCCAUGACUGAAGAGCAAGUUUCAUAGAUUGUUUAGGUUUAUAUUGAGAAGCAGACAGUGGCUCUGCACUAGAUAAUGUGCGAUUUGCUUGAUGUUGUGUGUGUGUGUGUGUUCUAUAUUUCUUAACUUGGGGUUAACGGUUAAGCAGUUGGCAGUAUAAGAGUGCACUGGACUAACUAAGAUCUCGGCAGCAGCAUCAUGGCCAUGUAACUGCCUAUUACAAUAAAAAAUACAACUGCUGUAAAACUGAAACUCUGAAAUAUUAACAAAAAACAUGAUGCGGAUGUGAAGAAUUGGAUAUGGCCUUUACAAGAGAGAUUGCUGAGCUGCAAUGCACAAAGGAGGAAAUGUAUGUAAAUUUAUUGUAAUGUGCAAGGGAUGCUAACCUAUUGUGUGUAGAUAUUGUAAAACAUAAGAAUGUAAAUGUUCCGAAAAAGUGGUUAUAUAAAAAGUGAAAGUUAUUUAUUUAUGUAGAAAAUGUCUGGGGUGGGGGGGGAGGGAAGAGACCCUCUGGGUUUUUAAUGAAUAUUUAAAAGGAAAAAAAAAAAGUGACACAUUAGUUUGUUUUUGUUUUGUUUCAUGCAUUAUGUACAAAGAAACAAAUUUAAAGGACCAAGUAUAAUGUAAUGUUACUUGCAGAAGUGCAAUAUUAUAUAUUCACCUCUAUAGCUCCAUAUUUUCAGAGUAGAAUUGACAAUCAUAUUUCUUCAUCCAUUAACUCUUUGAUAAGCUUCUUCAAAAUUUCUAGCCUUUCCUGCAUAGGGAGUAUUGAGUUUUUUGCCACGGGCAAAGAUUUUUGAAAAAUCAUAGAUAAUUGUACUGAAUGGACAGAUUUCUGGAAAGACACACUUUCGGAAGACCCUUCUUUUACAAAGUCUAACGCAUUCUCCCGAAAUCUGGUCUUUCCAACAUUUUGUUAGUACAGUAAAGAAAAAAAAAAUGAUACUAUGAAUAUCUAUUAUUUUACAUCUGCCUCCUUGACACAAUACUUUCAACUUCAGUACUAUGGAAGGUACCACGCGAAAAAGUGUACAAACUUAAUAUUCUAUCGAGACUGCAAUAAUAUCAGAUUAUGCAGAAAUGUGGAAAGUGAGAUUUUGUUGCUAGCUUCCAUAGUUGAUUUUUUCAGAUUAGAAGAUCCUCAUAAACUGUUGAAUUGUGAGUAUCAUGUAAGUUUGUAUCCAUUUUCCAAUAGCAAUAGGUUAAAUCAGCUUCUACUGGGGGGAGAGGUGUAGCUCACGCUGACAGAGCAGUGUGUAUAUUUAGAUAAAACAUAACUAUGAUUUAUUGGUUUAAAACAGCUAUUUAUUUUUGUCAACGUUUCAUAAAAGCAUCAUCCUCCAGUGUCCAUUUUUUCCCUUCUAGACGUUGUCCAUUUUAAUUCCAAGCUCCUUAGUCUCAAAUAACCAAAAUAUUAAAAUAAGUUUACAGUGUUAGGAAAAACAAAUACAAUAAAUGAAAACCAGUUAACUCACUGGACGUUACAGAUUUCACUCUUUCACUGCCGAGGGGCCUGCCAGCAUGGUUAAGAGGCCCCGUUAACUAUGAAAGCGCAAAAUGCAGUCCACGUCCCCGUCCGUAUAGGAACCUGCACUUUCAGAAGCCCAGACAGAGAGGUUUUUCACCUUUUGCUGCAUUUCCUAUAAGUUCCAGUAGCCUUACAUUUCUCUCACCCUGCUCUGUAUUUUCACCGUGAGUAGAAUUAUCUUUGACUGUCAGUUUUAUAUAUUUAACUAGAUUUGAUUUGUAAAGAGAUGUUUGUUAGGGAUAACUCAGAAGACAUACAAAUGUGACAGAGACAGAGACAGGCACAAGACCACAGCCUCUUCCAAAUGUCUGUUGCUUCCUGGUUUUCAUUUCUUGUAUUCCUUUGGGGUAAGUGUGUAUAAAUGCUCUCUUGCUUGUAUGUGACAAACCAUACUGACCACUUGCUAUUAGUGUGUUGUUUUACACCUCUGUGUGCUUCCUGUGCAGUACCCAUUGUACGUUACACAGAUUAAACCUUCGGGAAGGCUA